AUGGUUGCAGCUACAGAGAUUUUUGAAGUGUUUCAUCUAGGAUUCCACACACAUUUCGCAUUAGUGAGGGCACAAGGUCUCUUUCCAAAACUGGAAAAUCUGGCAGCAUUUAAGCCCAUCUCCACAGAGCCACCCAACGCCACAUGUGGCUUCCCGCAAAGAAGUGUUUUUUGUCAAAGUGCAUUGGAUCAACAAAGCCUGCAGACUUGCAUUCAGCGGUUUUGUGUUCAAGAUUGCCCGUAUAGAUCCUACACUCCGGGCUACCAUCACCUUCUUGAAGGAGACCUUGGUCAUUGUAUCAGAAAGGAUGCAAAAGACUUACACCCAAAAUCCAGCAAAGAUUCAUACAGCCUCCUCUUUUAUGAUCACAAAGAUUGCUUUAUUAUCACAACAAUGGCAAAAGUGGGAAUUUCAUUGACGCUGACCGCAUGGCUGAAACCUGAGCAAGCCGGUGAAAUGUGUGUGAUAGAAAAGUCCGCUGAUGGGCAGAUUGUGUUCAAACUCACAAUCUCGGAGAGAGAAACCGUGUUUUAUUAUCGCACUGUAAAUGGUUUGCAGCCGCCUAUAAAAGUAAUGACACAAGGGAGAUUUUCUGUGAAGAGAUGGAUUCAUCUUAGUGUGCAGGUGCAUUACACCAGGAUAAGUUUCUUCAUUGAUGGACCAGAAGAAGAUUUUACAGCAUUUGACUCAAGAAUACUCACUGAUCCAGUUUAUGAUAAUGCUGAGAACAGUGAUAUACGACUUGGACAAAACAUGAAGGGCAUGGAGCAAUUUAUUGGGAGAAUUCAAGACUUUCGGUUGUAUUCCGUGGCUCUUACAAACAGAGAAAUCUCUAAUAUAUAUUCUGGAAAAUUUCCACUGAUGGCCAUUCAGCCAGAAUGCCGGUGUCCCAGCAGCCACCCUCGUUUGGAGCCCAUGUCUGGGAGGUAUUGUCUUCCAAAUGGAGUGGAUGACUCGAGCAAGGAUAAAGUUCUAAGGCUGAAUCCAGAUGCUCAUCCUGUUCCUUACAUGAAUGAUAAUGAUCUAAACACAACAUGGAUUUCUUCUCUACUAUCUUCAUCAGACAUUGACAAGGGCAUUACAAUCAUUGUGGAUUUAGACAAUGGACAAUAUCAGGUUUUUUACAUUACUUUGUGGUUUUAUAGCCCAUUGCCUAAAGCUUUAAGAAUACAGAGGAAGAACCACAGGAGCUCAGCGUGGGAAGAUUGGCAAUAUCUUGCGAGUGAUUGUGGGGACUUUACCAUGGAGAACAAUGGCUUCUUACAGUAUUCUGACUCUGUCAAUUGUCUGCAAAUUCCCAAGGAUACACCUUAUUCACGAGGAAACCUGACCCUGAGUCUUCUCACCCCGGAACCAAACCAUCGACCUGGCUACAAUGAUUUUCACAGCACCACUGAACUCCAAGAGUUUGUGAAAGCUUCUCUAGUGAGGAUUCAGCUGAUUGGUCAAUAUUAUACAACAGAGUCUACCGGCAGCAUCCGACAUCGGUACUAUGGAAUAGGUGAAAUCACCAUUAGCGGAAGGUGCAAUUGCCAUGGACAUGCUAAUGGUUGUGAUAUGAGUGUUUCACCAUACAAGUGCCUCUGUGAUGUCAACAGUUACACCGAUGGAAACAAUUGUGAUCGCUGCCUGCCUUUAUACAACGACAAACCGUUUCGUCAAGGUGACCAUGUGAAUGCAUUCAACUGCAGGCCAUGCCAAUGUUACAACCAUUCAUCCAGUUGUCAUUAUGAUGCUACUGUUGACCUUUACCCCCAUGACCACGAGUCCGGGGGAGGGGGAGUGUGUGAUAACUGCUUGCACAACACUACAGGAAGAAACUGCGAAGUCUGCAAGGAUGACUUUUUCCGGCAAUUUGAUGCCGACCCAGCUGCCACUGACGUUUGCCAGCCUUGCGACUGUAACAGGAAAGGCACUGUUAACAAAAGUCAUGACUGUGAAAAGGCUGGAGGCCAGUGCAUCUGCAAAGUGAAUAUCUGGGGUAGACAAUGUGACCAGUGCAAAGAUGGUUUCUAUAACCUGCAGGAAUCGAAUGCAGAUGGCUGUCAACCCUGCCGCUGCAACACAACUGGAACGCUCAAUGGAAGUAAUACCUGCCACCAUACUACGGGACAAUGCAGAUGCAAACCAAAUAUUAUUGGUCCUCUGUGUGAUCGCUGCAAACUGGGCUACAAACAAGAUGUAUUAGGCCGAGAGAGCUGUACACAAUGCAUGUGCGAUGCUUAUGGCUCCAUCAAUCAGUUCUGCAAUCCCACCAGCGGACAAUGUAAAUGCAGAGAGAAUGCCAGUGGACUCCGCUGUGACACCUGUAUUGACAACUAUUAUAGGUUGUCUGCUGGUGGUUGUAAACCCUGCGAGUGUCACACUGAAGGGAUUAUCCCUGGAACAGUUUGUGACGCUCUGACAGGCCAAUGUGUCUGCCAGCUCAAUGCCGGAGGAAGGCAGUGCAAUGAAUGCCUGCAUGGCUACUACAAAUCCACACAAAAUGGCUCCAUGUCUUGCCUGCCCUGCCAAUGUGAUGGAUCUGGCGCCAUAAACGGCUCACAGGCCUGUGAUAAGUUAACAGGACAGUGUUUGUGCAAGGCCUCCGUAACAGGGUCACGCUGCAGUGUUUGCAUAAGCCAUACCUUCAACCUAACAGCUGUGAAUCUACUGGGCUGUCAGGAUUGUGACUGUGACCCGUUUGGAAGUUUGCCGGUUUCAGUCUGUGACCCUAUUGAUGGGCAGUGCCAGUGCAUGCCAGAUUUUCAAGGCAGAAGAUGUAGCAGAUGUAAGCCAGGUCUUUAUUCCUCCGGUGAUUGGGGAACAGGCUGUGUGCCAUGCCUUUGCCACCCCAGAGGAUCAGUUAAUGCCAUCUGCAAUUAUAUCAGCGGUCAGUGCAAGUGCGGGGAUUCCUCAGUAUCUGGGGUAAAAUGUGACCAGUGCAGUGACUACUUCUAUGGAUUUUAUGAGGACACAGGAAGGUGUCAGCCAUGCUCAUGCAAUACUGCUGGGGCAGUUAAUGGUAGCUGCCACUCUAUAAGUGGUCAGUGUUUUUGCAAGCAGUUUGUAAGAGGCAUCACUUGUGAUGAAUGUAUAGAAGGUGCAAGCAACAUGGAUGUGAAUAACCCAUAUGGAUGCAGUGCAACUCCAUCUCAGCAGCCUCCUCCAAGAGGACAAAUCCUCAACAGCACCACAAUUAUCCUUACAUGGAAUCCACCAGAUUCCCCCAAUGGUGAUCACAUUCACUACGUGCUUUACAGAGAUGAUCUGGGGAUCUAUCACACUGCUGACUAUUAUCCAUAUAGUCCACAAAGCUACACAGAUGAACAUUUGUUGCCUUAUACCACAUACACAUACUAUGUUGAUGCCAGGAAUGUGCGCGGUGCUAUUCACAGUACCAAGGUUGUGUUUCGAACAAGAGCUGGAGCACCAUCGGGUUCAUCUGAAGUUACUGUUGCCUACCAAGGACUUGACACCAAAGUGACAAUUCAUAAUUUAACACCCUUCACCAGAUACAAUUUUUCAGUUCAAGCAUGUAACUCCGAGGGAUGUCUACAAAGUUCACUGCUGACACUGGUAACAGCUCAAGCACCACCUGUUGGUCAGACACCACCAGUUGUCAAUAAUGCAGGCUCAACAGAACUUUAUUUACAGUGGUCACCACCACUGCAACCGAAUGGAGUCAUCAUAAGGCAUGAACUAUACAUGAGGAGCAUACACCAGACCGUGGAGAGGCGUGUCUUCCAUGCCAGCGGGUGGCUGAACCCUCAGCCACUGCUGGAAUCUGAAAAUGAGAAUGCAUUACAGCCACCAGUUACCAAUGCCAUUAUCUCUAACCUGGAGCCAAAUACAGAAUAUGAGUUCUGUCUUGUGACCACCAACAUGGCUGGAAGUGUUGGUUCCAAGUGGGUAACAUUAAAAACCGAGGAAUCUGAGCCUAUUUUCAUGGCACCCCCCAUUGUGUUUCCUCUGUCAUCUCACUCUCUAAAUGUAUCAUGGGAAAGACCUUCCAAUGACGUAACCAGAGGAGAAGUAACCGGCUAUAUAAUCAACCUGUCCGGGAACCUGGUGGAUGCAAUAGAUAUAGGAAGAGGUUCAUCUGAGGUGAUCUAUGUUGCUGAGAGCAAUGAAUUUUUUUAUGAAGUCUCGGGACUGGAGCCUUAUGUGAAAUAUGUCUUCACUAUCACUCUGUGCAAUAAGGUGGGCUGUGUGACUAGUGACCCUGGAUUUGGGAAGACUUUGGCAGCAGCACCAGAAAAAUUACACACACCACUGGUGGAGGGGAUCAAUAGCACUUCCAUGAGGAUUGCUUGGUCUGCACCUGUAAAGCUUAAUGGGCCUUCACCAUUCUACCAGCUGGAGAGAAUAGAGCCAUCACUGACAAUAGACAGUAACAUGGACUAUGUCAAGGGCACUCACUUUCCGGGCCAUGGCUACUACAAAUUCCCAGCAUCCACCCUGCCUGCAAACACGUAUUUCACAGGUAUUAAAAUACAAUUCAGGACGAAGGAAUCAGACGGGUUGCUGGUGUGUGCUGUGUCAGCGGGAACUCAGGAAGAAUACAUUGUGCUCCAAAUAAGACGAGGGCGCCUUUACUUCCUUUUUGAUCCACAGACGUCUGCACAGUUUGAGCUCAAGUAUACACAUAGCAUUGCAAUGGAUCAUGGCAUCCCUAGUUUUGCCUCCUCAUCUGGGGCUGGUACAGUGAUUGGUGAUAACACUGGGGUAUACAUUGGAGGACUCCCAAAGCACUUUUCAGUAGAAAGAGAUGACACAGGUGACACUGAAAUUGUACGGAAGAGUUUUGUCGGCUGCCUUGGUGACAUAUACAUACAGAGACGUGACAUCUCUACAGAAGAAUGGGAUCUGCUGGACUGGGUUAUGGCAGAAGAAAGACACAAUGUCUACGAGAAGUGGGAAGGAUGUCCAGAGACUUCAGACGUUGGAGCACAUUUCCUGGGCUUUGGAUUCCUGGAACUUUAUCCUGAUGUAUUUCCUGGUGGUCCAAAUGUUGAAAUAUCUUUCAUGUUUAAAACUGACCAGCUGAGAGGACUGCUGCUUUUCAUGUCUGGCAAGGAUGGACUGGACUAUAUCCUGGCUGAAUUAAACAAUGGGAUUGUAACUUUACAGUGUAAAACAAAGAUGUCUCUGACCCGAGUGAACUUGUGGGUUGGACUCUCUUAUUGUGAUGGCCGAUGGAACACAGUCUAUUUAAAGAGAGAAGGUUCUGUGUUUUCGGUCCAGCUCAAUGCCUUGGUAGAGCGGGUCAUUGACUCUGCAGCAUCACAGAUAGAAGCCAUCUCAGCAGUCUAUGUCGGAGGAGUCCCAGAGACUGUGUGGAGCUCAUUUCCAGAACUUCAUACACAACAAGGUUUUGGUGGCUGCAUGAAAGAUAUCCGAUUUACACAAGGUGCCGUUGUUAACAUUGCAUCUGUGUCCAGCACCGCUGUCAGAGUCGAUCUGGAUGGCUGCCCAUCAACUGACAGCUCCGUUAACUGCAGAGGGAAUGACUCCAUCAUAGUCUAUAGAGGGGGAGAGGAAACAGCUCAUGAUCACAGCCUGCAACCCUUCAAAGAAUACUUGUACAGGGUGAUUGCAUCAAAUGAAGGAGGAUCCAGAGCUAGUGAUUGGAUUAGAGGUCGCUCUAAAGCUGCAUUUCCAGUGAAUGGGCAAACUCCCAUAAGAGUUCUCGGUGUAAGCGGACACGGCAUCGAGGUGACCUGGGACAGACCAGCUGGGAUCAGAGGAGUAACUGAGCGCUACAUUUUGGAAGCAAUUCCAGAGAACAAUUCUAAUACAUCUACAGUCAGUGCUCUGUUUCAUGAUACCAGCCACGUCAGUGGCACCCUGACAGGCUUGCUGCCCUUUACAAAGUACGCAGUAACAUUAUCCGCAUGCACUUUAGCUGGCUGCAGCGUGAUCUCCCAUGUUGUGAACGUCACCACUCGGGAAGAAGCUCCAGAAGAUGUUGAGGCACCUAUUGCAAUGUCCUCUCCUAGCUCAUUACUUGUGCAUUGGUUGCCCCCUAAACACCCGAACGGAGAAAUAAAAAAGUAUGUAUUAUACAUGGACGGAGCCCAGAUUUACAUAGGAGACAAGACCGAAUAUAAUGUUACAGGAUUGGGAACGUUUGCAGCUCAUCGCUUUGCGGUCGCUGCCUGCACACUUGUUGGUUGCACAAACAGUUCUGAAGUCACCUUGCUGACAGCUCAGCUACCACCGCAGCACGUGCCCCUUCCUGGGGUGACAGUUGUAGAUUCUACAAGUAUAUAUGUUAAGUGGAAGGAACCGGGUAUAAUCAAUGGAGUUCUUGAACGGUACUUGCUGUAUAUGACCAUAGAUGUGACCAACUCAAGUGCAUGGGAUCCUGUGUACAACAGCACUGAGCUAUUUCAGGAUUAUACCAUCCAAGGACUAAUUCCAGGGAUCACCUAUUUCAUCAGACUGUCUGCUUGCUCAGGAGGAGGGUGUACAUCAAGUGGUAUCACUGAGGCUUCUACAGAAGAGAGCGUACCUGACGGUAUUCAGUCUGUGACAAUCCAAUCACUCUCCCCCGAUUCCUUCAAUAUCACUUGGUCUGAGCCAAGGCACCCAAAUGGUGUAAUUACGUCUUACGGAUUAUACAUGGAUGGAAUCCUAAUGCAGAAUUCUUCACGUCUAAGUUAUUUUGUAGACGGCCUGACUCCCUGGAGUAAGCAUUCCUUUAGGCUUCGGGCUUGUACUGCAAAAGGCUGUGCCUUAGGUGAAAAGGUUGAAGCCCACACCCAAGAGACCAAGCCAGAGGGAACUAUUCUUCUUUAUUCAACCAUCAACAGCCCAAGAAGUGCUCUGGUGACAUGGGAAGGACCCGAAAAGCCCAAUGGCCACAUGACCUACGAUAUACAUUUUAGUGGCCUGUUCUAUGAAAUAGAAGGUAGUUACAAUCUACUGAACUUUCCGAGGAUAUUGCAUCAAAGUAAAGAAAAUAUCAAGUGGGUCGCCAUUGAUAACCUGGUUCCUUUUUCUAGCUACACUGCCUUUGUGAACGCUUCUAAUAGCCAAGGUCACGUGACCAGUGACCCUGUCAUCAUCACCAUGCCACCUGGAGCUCCAGAUGGCGUACUGCCUCCAAGGCUUUCAUCUGCCAAUCCGACCAGUCUUCAGGUUGUGUGGCCUACACCAGUUCGUAAUAACGCUCCUGGCUUGCCUAGCUAUCGGCUCCAGAUGAGAUCCACAAAUCCCACCAACAAAAUCACAGAUCUAUUUUCAGGCCCUAGUGCUUCCUUAACCUACACCAUUAAGGAUCUUCAGCCGUAUACAGCAUAUGAAUUAAGGAUUGUUGCCUUCAAUGUGUAUGGUGAAACUUACAGCAGAUGGGUCAAUAUGUCAACAGAACAAGACAAACCAGGACCUAUGAACCCGCCCAUUCUCUUCAGUUUGGAAUCAAGAACUGUAACAGUCACUUGGCCAAAGCCAUCACAACCUAAUGGAAUUAUAACCCAUUUUAACAUUUACCAAGACGGAAGUCUGCAGGCAGUGGUCCCUGGAAACAGUUCACGGCACAUAUUUCAAAAUGUAAUCCCAUACACAACCUAUCACUUUCAGCUGGAAGCAUGCACCUCUGCUGGGUGUUCACUGUCCCAAGAGUCACUGGGUGUGAUGACCCCACCAGAUGCACCAAGUGGAAUUUCACCACUCGAUCUCCAUUCCGAUACUCCGACCUCUGUAAUGAUCCGCUGGAGGCCACCUCUUCAUCCCAAUGGUUUAGUUGAAAACAUUAGGAUUGAGAGAAGACUAAAGGGUACAGAUCAUGUGUAUACCCUGGUAACAUUGAAUGGACAUCACCCCAUGCUCUACCUAGAUCAAACCAAUGGCAUUAACCCAUGGGAAACCUAUGAGUAUAGGAUUGGCAUGACCACUUUUAAUGGAGGAAGCAACAGCAGUGAAUGGGCUGAAGUUACAACAAGACCUGCUCGCCCCGUGGGUGUUCAACCACCAGAAGUAACUGUGUUUGGUCCAUAUACUGCAAAGAUCACAUGGAAAGUUCCAUUGUUACCAAAUGGAGAAAUAUUAAGCUAUGAAAUCCGCAUGCCAGAGCCUAAAGUUGUCAUUACUGAUACUGCGCUAUUAAGCUACACAAUGACAAAUCUUAUCCCGUACACCAACUACUCUGUAACAGUGGUGGCCUGCUCUGGAGGAGGGUCAUAUCUCGGGGGAUGUACUGAAAGUCAACCCACAUUGGUUACCACUCAGCCUGCACCACCAGAGGGUGUAGGCCCUCUCUCCGUGUUGCCUGUCAGUGAGACAUUCAUUGCUGUUUCCUGGCAGCCUCCUUCAAGGCCUAAUGGACCAGAUGUAAGAUUUGAACUCUUGAGACGCACAAUCCUGCAACCACUUGCAUCAAAUCCCCCUAAAGAUUUAAAUCUGUGGCAGAAUAUUUACUCAGGAACUCGGUGGUUCUAUGAAGAUAAGGGUCUUAGCAGGUAUACGUCCUAUGAAUACAGACUUAUUGUACAUAACGUAGUAGGGUAUGCAUUCAGUUCUGAUGUAAUUGGGAUGACCCUUCCUGGCCCUCCUAUAAGAGGAAAUCAUUUUACUGCUCAUGCUAUUAACCACACUGCCAUAGAAGCAUCGUGGACCAAACCCACUGUACAGGAUUUGCAAGGUGAUGUUGAUCAUUACUCCCUGAUAUUAACCUCGUCCAGAUAUAACAAGACGCUGACGUUCCCAGCAGAUGUGAAGAGCACCGUAAUUGGUGGCCUGUACCCACACACCAAGAAUCAGCUCUAUCUUGAAGUCUCCAACGGACCCCAUAGCAUAAGCAGCGGCUGGGUGCACGUGACCACCCCGGAUGGAGUGCCUGAAGGCAUGCUCCCUCCAGAGGUUGUGGCAAUCAACGGUACAGCUGUACGUAUCAUCUGGACACCCCCUUUAAAUCCAAAUGGCGUUGUCACAGAAUAUUCCAUCUAUGUGAAUGAUAAAGGCUACAGGACGGAAAGGAAUACACCCCAUCCUUUCAUAGUGGACGACCUGGCUCCAUAUAUCGUGUACAACAUACAGGUUGAAGUUUGCACACUAUAUGCCUGUAUGAAGAGCGAUGCUACCCAAGUUGCUACUAUAGAGAAAAAACCAAGCCAAAUUCCAUCACCAGACAUAAAACUCAUCAGCUCCAGGGGAUCUGUGGGUUCGUUAGAGUUCCGGGAGUCCUCGCUCCGUUGUGAUGAUGCCGGCGCCAUCUUGUUGGCUGCCCGACCCAGGGCCUCGUGUAGCGUGGUCUGGCUCAACUUGCCACCCCGACUCCUAGUGCAGGACAUGGUGGUAUCUGUCGGUCGGUGGGCGCAUGAUACCCGGGACGAGCGUGCCAGGAUCGCACAGUCCUGCACAAUGCAGGCAGCGAUUGCCGCACUGCCCCAUGGAUUUCAAUGGGGUAACAUCCACGCGGAAAUCGCAGAAAAAAGGUACAAGUACCUUUUUUUGCGUUACACGAUGCACAGCUGGUUUAAAGCCGUGACCGUGACCAUGUUCGGAAGCAUGGGAGGAAUCGCGGCGGGAAACCGCACGCUGCAACUGGCCGACUUGUUUCUAAACAAACCUCACGUGUUCACCAAGAUUGAUUAUCACAUGAUCAGGAACCGCACUGAUUUGUUCCUGAUUGUUAACACUAUCGCUGGCAGUAUAGCCUUAGAAUCAGUAGAGAUCAGUUGGGCUCCACCGGAGAAUCCUAAUGGUAUUAUUCUUGGAUAUGAACUUAGAAGAAGAACCUUGUAUCCAUAUACCGUAGGGUGCAGCCUAACAAUGGAUGGAAAUGGCCAAUCAUGCAAGGCUAUGAAGUGCAAGAAAGGUGAAGAGAUCUGUGGAGGAGCAUGCUACAAACCUCACCUACAGGUGUGCUGCAGUGGAGUUUUGCAUAGCAGAAGAGAUGGAUAUCACUGCUGUGAAGGCAAUUACAUUGCAUUUGCUGGCAAUUCCUCUUGGAUUUGUUGUGCUGCUCAGGUACAUGCAGUUCAGCCGGGCCACCAAUGCUGCGGAAGAUACUACGUCAAGGUACAGAAAGGUGAGGUCUGCUGCUAUGAUGGAAUUCACAAUGAAGUGUCUAUGGGUGAAGGAGAUUCUUGCUGUGGUGAAUAUCCAUAUUUAUCUGGAUACCAGAUGUGCUGUGGAGAGGUUCUCUAUGAUGGUUACAACCAGCAGUGCUGUGGUGGCAAAACUGUGCCCCAAAACUCCAUCUGCUGUGGUGAUGAGAAGUCAGGAGCAAUCUACAGGCAAUCCAGAGGUCUGUCCUGCUGUGGCACCGACUACGUGAACAUGUCAGAGACGAUUUGCUGUGCAGCGUCUAAUGGACAAUUUAAGGCACAUCUAAAGUCAAAUAAUGGGACACCAUUAAAAUGCUGUGAAAUGGAGCUGAUUACUGAAGGGGAGGAAUGCUGUAGUGGAAUUGGAUAUAAUCCACUGACUCAUGUUUGUUCUGGCAAGCCAUCGACAGAAGACUUCACCAAGAGUGGAUUCCUGAGCCCAGAUCCUGGUAAUGGUGUCUAUAGACUGGAUGAGUUAGUGUUUGAUAAAGGGGAAAUGUGCCCUAUGAAUACUCUGUGUCCUGCAUCGUUAGCUUCUACUGCACAUUGUGGAGAGUGCAGCUUUAACUCCUCCACCCACUCCUGUUUCUGGGUAGAAGGGAGCAAAUUUAAUAAGGACAGCCUGCUGGAUGGAAACUCAGUUUGCCGAACAGAUGAAGACAUUAUCUACACGGGGGAAGCACGCACGUAUUUGUUUGUUGACACCAGCUUACAGCCUUUCUCCACUUAUGAAUAUCGAGUAUUGAGCUGGAACAGCUUUGGUCAAGGCUUUAGCAAUGCUAGCCAAGUGACUACCAAUCAGGACAUACCUCGGGGAAUACGUCCACCAAAAUGGACCUUAGUGGUCAAACGUGAAGACUUGAUUUCUCUGAUGUGGGAGGAACCCACCGAAUUAAACGGAAUUGUUCAUUAUGUACUCCUGCGGGAUGGAAGAGAGCGCUAUAGAGGGACAGGACACAGCUUUCAAGAUCGUGGAGGGAUACACCCCUUUGUAGAGUAUAUGUACCAGAUUCGAGCCUGCACUAUUGCUGGGUGUCUAGACAGUGCUAAGGCGAUUGCAGCUACAAAACAAGGAGUUCCUGAAAAUGGCCUGCCACCUAUUGUCACCACCGUGAACUCCACAGCGCUACACGUCAGCUGGGCGGAGCCAAGAAAACCAAAUGGUGAGAUUAGAGAGUACCAGUUACACCAAGUGGGCAGAGGUCUCAUCCAUGUCAGCGUCUCAGGGAGGAAACAAUAUACAGUAACAGGGCUUGAACCAUAUACAAAAUACUUCUUCUUCCUUGUCAUCUGUACCUCAUUUGGAUGUAGUAACAGUGAGGUGUCUGCAGGUCACACGUCACAAGCCGCUCCUCAAGGAGUGUGGUUGAAUCCCUACCACAUCACAAUCAAUUCAUCAGCCCUGGAACUAUAUUGGAGGGAACCGGAGAGGCCCAAUGGGAUGGUUUCUCAGUAUAGACUAAUACGGGAUGGUACAGUCAUUUCCACAAGAAGUGGGGAAUAUCUGAAUUUCACCGAUUCUGGCCUGAAGCCCAACAGCAGGUUCACAUACCAGCUGGAGGCCAGAACAGAAGCAGGAGGCUCCAUCAGUGAUAUCUAUGUUGUAGACACCCCCAUGCACACCCCGGAACAAAUUCCUAUCCCACACAAUAUCACUGUGCUCAGGCCGCAAUCAAUCCUUGUGACGUGGGAUCUUCCAGGUGUUUACAAUUCCAGCAUUCCUUUGGAGUUUAACAUUUUGCUGAGUACCGGAGGAGCCGCUGGUCAGCAUAACCCCGCCGGAGAGAAGCACUUUCUCAUUUUAGAGGACCUUAUCCCGGGAAUGUCACUUUCCAUCCGACUGCAAGCUUGUCAGAAUGGUAGUUGCGGUGUUAGUCAACCAGCACUUGUAGCAACUAUGGAGGCAGAGCCAGAGGGUCUCAAUCCCCCCAUGUUGGUUUCAGAUGGAGAAAAAGCUGUGAAGAUUUCAUGGACAAUGCCUAUGAAACCUAAUGGAAUUAUAAUUGGAUACACCAUCCACAGACGUCUCACUAGUCAUCCAGAAAAUAUCACAUUGCUCACAUGGCUUGGAGGAGACUUGGAGUAUACAGAUAUUUCUGAUGAACUCCAACCGUACACAACAUAUGAAUACUGCAUCACAGCACAGAAUAGUGUGGGUUCUGUAGAAAGCCCUUGGUCUUCAAUUCGGACAAUGGAAGCUGCUCCUGAAGACAUUCAACCGCCCACUGCAAAAGCCACAGGUGCUUAUUCCUUCUUUCUAAGUUGGGCGGCUCCAUCAACACCCCAUGGUAUUAUAAAGAAGUAUGUAAUCAUUUAUGGUCUGGGAACAAGUGAUCCAGCUUUCAUUAACUUCACCAAAGCAUGGCUGACUGUACCGGGAACAACAAAUGAAGCUAAAGUGUUCGGUCUGUUUCCUUUUACUACGUAUCACAUAUGUAUUGAGGCCGCCAACAGCGCCGGUAGUGUGUCCAGUGGCUGGAUCUCUGUACAGACCUGGGAAGCUGCGCCAAGUGGACUAAGUAACUUCACCGUAGACAACAGAGAAAGUGGUCGGGCAUUGCUGCUACAGUGGUCAGCACCUGAGAGAACCAACGGCAUACUGCUGAUGUACAACAUCUACAGUGAUGAUAACCUGGAAUACAGUGGCCUGGCUCGGCAGUUUUUAUUUCGUCGUCUUGAACCUUACACAGUCUAUAAUUUGGUACUUGAGGCUUGCACGUCCGCAGGCUACACCCAAACAUUUCCCCAACGUAUCCAAACUGAUGAGGCUUCUCCAUCCUCUCAGCUUCCCCCUCAUGUCCAAUCCUUGAAUGCCACCCACAUCACUCUCUCUUGGUUUUCUCCGUCCCAACCAAAUGGACAAAUGACUCGCUACGAAGUGAUCAAAAGGUGCACUCAAGAAAAUUCACCAGGCAACAAGAAAAGAACGAACGAAAAUUUUGUUUUUAGAGAAACAAACACAGAACAGAAGGUAUUUACAUUUACAGACGUUGGUCUACACCCAUGGACACAUUAUGAAUAUAAGAUCCGUGGGUGGAACUCUGUUGGGUACACAGAUAGUCCAUGGAUGGUGGCUCAGACGAGUCAAGCAGCUCCAGGUCAUCUUAUUCCCCCAAAGGUAUUUCACAGUGAUAUUCCCAAUCAAAUCAUUAUCCAGUGGACUAAACCGAGGGAUGAAAAUGGCAAUGUUCUUUAUUUCAGAUUGCAAAAAAACAAUGUUAUAUUACCUUACAGCUUUGAUUCUGCAACAUUUAAUUAUACAGAUGAAGAUGUGUUGCCUUAUACUGAGUACACAUAUUCCAUAAUAGCCUGUACAAUAGCUGGCUGCACCACCAGUGACCUUACUCCUAUAAAAACUGUAGAAGGGCCACCAUCAUUUUUAAAACUACCAAUCGUUGAACCUCUCAGUUCCACUGAGGUUAAUGUGUUUUGGGAUCCACCAUCCAUGCCAAAUGGAGAAAUUACAAAAUACAUCAUUCAAAUAGAUAAGGACACAUACUUUGCUGGGAAGAGAUUGUCCAUGAAUGUGUCCAGCCUAUUACCCUUUACAUUAUAUAACAUCAGCUUGGUGGCCUGCACCAGCGGUGGCUGCACAACUAGCUCCCGGACUCACUUCCGAACAAUGGAAGCUCAACCUUCACACAUCAAGCCUCCAAUUUUUACAGUCACAAGCGCCCAGUCAAUUAAAAUAUCAUGGCAAGGCCCAGACAAGCCCAAUGGUGAAAUCAGAAACUAUGAAGUACGUAGAAAUGGUCAGCUGAUUUAUGCCGGCUUGGAUACUCACUAUCAUGACUUUGGCCUUCAACCAGGGACGGAAUACACAUAUGUCAUCCAAGCAACUAACAGCAAAGGGAGUUGCUUAAGUAGUCCUGCUAGAAUUAGAACUCAUCCAUCUUCACCUUCGGGGAUGGAGCCACCUCAGCUGCAAGCUGUAAGUGCUCAUGAGAUUCUGGCCACUUGGCAAGCCCCUUUGAAGACCAAUGGGGAGAUACUCAACUAUGCUCUCUAUGUUCAUCACCCAGCUGAAAUGAAGGUCUCACAGUACCAUUUUAAUGGUUCAUAUGUCUCUCGGACUGAUCAUUCUUUUGUAAUAAAGGAUCUCAACCCAUAUACUCACCAUGCUCCUUCUUUGGCUUGGAAUGGACCACUGUAUUCAAAUGGGAAAAUCCUCACCUAUGAAGUUUAUCGCCGAACAUUGAAUGAAGAGGUGACUCCCCCAGAACUGGCCUACAACGGUUCUUUCUUGUCCUUUCAGGACGUAACAUUGUUGCCUUUCACAGAAUAUGAGUACAAGGUGUGGGCAGUAAAUUCUGCAGGAAGAACCUCUAGCCCCUGGACCCGCUGCAGAACAAGCCCAGCCGCCCCAGAAGGGUUAACUACCCCUAUAUUCCAUGCAGUGUCCGCUACAUCAGCUGUGGCUAAUAUAACACCUCCGACCAAAGCCAAUGGUAUAGUGACCUUGUACCGGCUGUUCUCCAGGAAUGACAAAGGGAUGGACAUUAUGCUUUCUGAAGGAACAUCCAAUGUACAAGUGAUAUAUGGCCUGAAACCCUUCAGUAACUACUCAGUCGGCAUUGAGGCCUGCACCUGUCUGCCUUGUUGUAGCAAAGGGCCCGUAGCUCAACUUACCACUCAUCCAGCUCCACCCUCUCACCAGGGUCCUCCACUUAUAACACUCAAAGCUUCAAGGGCAGUGUCACUGCGGUGGAGCCAGCCGCGGUCACCAAAUGGCAUUAUUCAACAGUAUGAAGUCCACCUUCAAACUAUCUGUCCUCCAACCAUUGGUAUGGUUGAAAAGAUGUGUUCCCAAGGCCCAGUGGAGGUUGUAUACUCUGGAAUGGAAGAAGCCUGCAAUGUUACACACCUUCAGCCCUUCACCACCUACAGUUUUCGUGUUGCCUGCUACAACUCAGAAGGAAGUGCCACCUCCGAAUGGAUCAACUGCACAACCUUAAAAGAAAAGCCAGAAUACAAAGCUGUUUUUUAUGUUUUAAGUAAUAUAACAGCAAUAUUUGUGGACUGGCGGCUCAGUUUUCACCUUCACGGACAGUUGAAAGAAUUUGUCCUAACGGAAAGAGGAGAGCGCCUAUACAGUGGAUUAGACACCAGCGUCCACAUUCCGAAGAUCUCAGACAAAACUUUUUACUUUCAAGUGAGAUGCACAACAGACAUGGGAAGUGUGAGCACACCGAUUGUAAAAUAUAACUCUGCCACCGGACUGGCCCCCGCGCACUCGAUUCCCAGCACAAAGAAUGGGACAGAGGUGAGAGGAAAGGCUGUCUAUACCGAGCUGUGGUUUAUAAUCCUGAUGGCCUUGCUGGGUUUAUUGCUGUUGGCCGUUUUUCUGUCCCUGGUGCUGCAGAUGAAGCUGACCAAACAUCCCUUCCCAAGGGAGCGCCCUCCGCUAGUUCCGCUCCAACAGAGAAUGUCACCAUCAAAGUACUCUGAAAAUGAAACCUACACGAAACGGUCAGAUAGUCAGCAACCUGCUCUGCCCUCUUCAGUAAUUCAAGCCUGCAACCCAGUUGGUCCUGCUGAAAAUGUACUAGAAAAGGGAAUAUCCGACAUAAAGAUUUCUGGAAUGGAGGCUCACACCAGUCGUAACACCAUGGUGGUCAGAAAAACAAGCCAAGGCCAGAUCAGCCAUAGCUUCUCCCAGAACUCCCUGCACCGCAGUGCCAGCCAACUGAUCUCUUCCCAGGAUAAGAAGUCCAUUCUGGAAGGCUCUAUAUGGGAUAGCGUUAUUCAAGGACAUGAUAGCGGGAUGUAUGUAGAUGAUGAAGAUCUCAUCAGUACCAUAAAAAGCUUCAGUACAGUAGCCAAGCAACAAACAGCCUUCACUGAUACACCUUUGUAA